GGUGGCCAGCGCGCUCUACCUGCAGCUCCGGCCGCGAGGUGGGCCGCACGCGCCAGGCGGCGGCGUGUCCCGGGGGGCGCGAGGGCCCUGCCCUACUUCGGAGCUGCCUUGCUCCGCUUCGGCCCUGCGCUGGUGCGCCGGCUCCGUCGGCUCUGCCUGCGCCAACUGCUCCGAAGCCGGUUCGCUGCCGCGGCCUCGGCUGCUUGUGGCGAGAGAUCCUGUCGUUGAAGGUGCCGGAUUGCUUUUCGAAGGGACACUUUUAAUCUGCGGUCGUAGUUAAAGGGGGAAGGGGAAUCUGAGAGUAGAGAACAGCGCGGGUUUACAGGGGGUCGCCGCGGGCAGCGGCGAUCCCGCAAGCGCGGACAGCAGAGCUCGGCUUUGAACCCGAAGCGAUGGACUUGGUGUUACCCUGAUAGAUGCGCGUGGAGAGCAAGUAGGCGAGAGAGAUAUAAGUUCUCUUGGAUUUUCUUUAGAUUCGCUUUCCAGGCGCGGACGGGAGGCGAGCACAGAAGGGCUCCUGUCGGCCUCUUCCUCACCUGAACUUCUACUCCGGAGCCCUGUGCCGGGCAACAGGGGCGGCGAGCAAGGCGAGGGAAUAGGCGUUGGGGUUUGCAUGACCGCACGCGGGGCUCCGAGUGCCGCCCACUCGUGAUCAUCCCUGAAGGCGCUGGGCGCUUCUUCGUGUCUGGGCGCGGGUGCGUCGCGGGGUCUUCCCCGCCCCGCGUUGCUUUUGGGGAGGCCAGGGAGGGGAUCUCGCUCUUUCGGGACGGACUUGCUAGGAUGGAGCUACGGUCUGAGCUGCCCAGUGUGCCCUCCGCUCCGCCCCCGGUACCCCCCAGCUCGGUCGCGGCUGCGGCUGCGGCAGCAGCGGCCACGUUGCCGGUGAGCGUAGCGGGGAGCUUGCUGCGGGCACCGCCGCUGUUGCUGCGGGCAGCCGAGAAGUACCCUCGGACGCCCAAGUGCGCCCGUUGCCGCAACCACGGCGUGGUGUCGGCGCUGAAGGGCCACAAGCGGUACUGCCGCUGGAAGGACUGCAUGUGCGCCAAGUGCACCCUGAUCGCUGAGCGGCAGCGCGUCAUGGCGGCACAGGUGGCGCUGCGCCGCCAGCAGGCCCAGGAGGAGAACGAGGCCCGCGAGCUCCAGCUGCUCUACGGCACUGCCGAGGGGCUGGCCCUGGCGGCCGCCAACGGCAUCAUCCCGCCCCGGCCAGCGUACGAGGUCUUCGGCUCCGUCUGCGCUGGAAGCGGCGGCGAAGGAGGCGCCGGCGCCUCAGAAUCCAAGAUGCAGAAGUUCGAGCUAUUCCCUAAGACACUGCUGCCGAGCCGCGCCGUCACCCCGCAGCAGGCGGGCGGGAAGCCCCUGUCCCCGGACGGCGAGUCCGUACCCGGCACCUCCUCCCCAGAAGCUCGUCACGGCUCGGGCUCGGAGAACGGGGACGGCGAGUCCUUCCUGAGCUCGCCCGUCUCCAAGGGCCCGAAAGAAGGGGAGGAGAGCCCGGGUUCAAUCAGCCCACUGGGCUCGGACUCAGGCUCUGAGGCGGACAAGGACGAACAGGACCCAUCGCCCUCGGCCGGCGGCCGACAGCGGACUCCCAUCGACAUCCUGACGCGCGUCUUCCCGGCGCAUAAGCGAAGUGUACUGGAGUUGGUGCUGCAGGGCUGCGGCGGGGACGUGGUACAAGCCAUCGAACAGAUCCUUAACAACCGCGGCCCAGAGAAGGGCCCUGAGGAGGGCUGGGCUCGGGACGGCGCCUUGCAAGGUCUUCCACCCAGUCCCGCCACCACCGCCGCCCAUCACCGGCCCUUGAUAGCCGGUGCCAUGGCCCCCGCCAUCGGCACUCUGGGCAGCCGCUCUGCCUUCUCCCCGCUGCAGCCCAACGCCACGCACUUCGGGGCCGAGGCCGGCGCCUACCCCCUGGGCACCCAUCUGGGACUCAACCCCCUGCGCCUCGCCUACUCGGCUCACAGCCGGGGACUGGCCUUCAUGACUCCCUAUUCCACGGCCGGGCUGAUGCCCACCCUGGGAUUCCGGCCGCCCGUGGACUACGCCUUCAGUGACCUCAUGCGGGACCGCUCUGCCGUGCACAAGGAGCAGGUCUACUCUGGCGGGCUCUACGGGCCUAUGGUCAACAACAACCCUGAGAAGCAAUAGCAGGGGUGGCUUCCUAAAGCUCAUCUGUGUAGGGGUAGUUAGAUAGACACGGGUGGCUUUCUCUCCCCUCUCCCCCGUACAGGCGGUGAUUGAGUGCAGAGCCCGGCGCGGACAGAUGUAGGUGUGUUAAAAUGGUGAUCAAGGUGCACUUUCAUUGUCCAGACAUGAGUCACUCUGUUGCUUAUGGCCAUAAGCAUGGGUAUUCUUGGUGUGUCGGGUGUGUGCACACAUGCUCACACACACAUUCCUUCCCACACACAUACAUACAUAUAUAUAUAUGUAUACUAGCAAGUGUAUAAUGUUAUAAAAUGGAAAUCUAAGUUAUUAAUGUAACUCGUAGGUGAACUUGGUAUUAACGUUAAGCUAAAGGUUAGGCAGCUCAUUGUAAUACUUACCAGGCAUAUAGGUGAAACGUAUUGUCAAUCUGAAAGCCUUUUCCUUCCUACCCCCAGCAAUGCUGUAUAUAACAUUGGAAAGUAGGUAUAUUUGUAACUGUCCGUAGGACCCUGGCACCAGCGGUGUGUGAUGGUUUAACCAAGCCUCCUUCAUUUGUGAUCUGCAAGAAAAUUGCUUUCUUGUUCCAAUGUAGCAAACUUCUUGCUGUUCCUAACAGGUAAUUCCGUGUUUCCAUUUCAUAGAAAUAAAUGUUAUUUUCUAUUAAAAAAAAAAAAAAAAGGUCUUAUAAAUGGCAAAUGGUAUUUUAUGAGCCAGUGGAAGUGUGUUUGGGAAAUACAUUUGAAAAAUAUGGUAAAUAUUGAAAGGAGUUUGUGCAAUUAGCACAAAUAUUUACUACAUUUUUAUCAUGGUCAAAACAGAUAUUCUUCAGAAAAUUUAUAAAUAAAAAUGAAGCAUACAAACCAGAGCAAUUUCUUUACCAACUGAAAUUGUCAAAUAUGUUUAUUUUUGGUUCAUUAAAAAAAAACCAAAACUGUUUACAUCAGAAGGAAAAAAAAUUGGAUUUGUAAAUUGAAGCAGUUUUAAAUUUUUUCUUCAAUAUUUCACCAUUUUUUAUCACAUCUAGGAAACCUGGCAUUGUCACAGAGAAGAAAAGCACAGUUAAAGCAAAUGUCUGCCUGGCUUGCCGCGAGUUGUGCAGCAGCAGAGAUAUAUUUUUUUUUUUCCCUCUCGGCUGAAAUUUGAAUGUGUUUCGAUGGUUUCUGUAUCAUCAUAAACAAAGGGAUACCUAACGGUGAUGGGCUAUCAGAACGUGUCUGCAACAGAAGAGAAUGAAUUAAGACACCACAAACUCACUGCCAUGGAUACGAGCAGGGGAGGUUUUGUUGCUUUACUUUUGGAGCUCAAUGUCCUUCCAAAGCUGCCUCCCAUUUCAAGAGUAAAAGUACACGUGGGUUCGUUAUUUUGUUUGCGGUUUGGUUUUAUUUGUUUGCUUUUAGUUUGCUGUUGUUUUUUGAUUUUGCGGUUUGGUAUUAGUUUGUUUGCUUUUAGUUUGUUGUUGUUUUUUUGAUUUUACACCUUUGCACCUUCUUUUCUCUCACUUCCCGCCCCCCUCCCCCCUUUUUUUUUUAAUUUAUAAUGGUGUCCGACUACUCUCCAAGAUCAGAAAGCAAGCAAGGCAUUCCUCCCUCUGUUUACUUAUUUCUUGCGACAAGUCGGAGGGCAGCGGGCAUAGCCCCAGCACCCAGAGAGCCUGAUCCUUCAGAAGGCUGGAGCACGAUUUUCCUACCAGUCCUGAGAGCGUUUGGCCCGGAAAAACUAUUACUCACACAGAACAAGUGCAGUGCAUGGUUGAAUUAAGACUGUAAAAGCUCCUAAAGUUGGUUGGUAUGGAAACCUAAUCCCACCGAACCGCUCCGUGGCACAGCUGGACUGUUUACUUUCUCACUUCAAAUAUAACUGUGUAAACAUUGGCUCCGAGCUGACAGCGCGGCUCCUACCAACCAGUUAAUAUACUGGUGGGGCUGGGAGGAGAUGCACCCCACCGUAGCUACCGAAGGAAGCCCCUGGGUAAAAUCAAAGGACGGGAGCAAGUAAGAUGCAGUUCUUCCUUCCCUCACGCAAUUGAUCUGGCUGGAUACAAUUUUAAGACUGUCUUUAAAAACAAGGGGGGGAAAAGAGUAAGUAAAUAUUACAGAUUACACCCAGGUAAAUACCUUUGACCCUGACCCAUCUCGGGAGCAGCCAAAUCAAUAUCACAAGGGAAACUUUUAAGAGUCUCGUGUUCCAAGAGUGGGUGAAACUUAAUAUUACUACAAUAAAACGGUUUAAUAAAGAAA